AUGACUAGAUUGGCAUUCUUCGUCUUGAUCGCAAUUACUGCAUCGGCGGCAGACAUAACUACAGCAAGAGCAGCAGCAGCAGUAGUAGCAGUAAAUUCUCCUCUUCAGGCACCUCUAGCGCCAUCACCUUCUGAUCCGUUUCCUCUCUGGCUCCAGGAAUUGACGGGUCAAACAAGAUGGCCUGGUGAGACACCACCAUAUAUACCAAUGCCAAAUAUAGAUCUUUCGCAAGUCCCAAAUGAGAUUCCUAGGCGAGACUUGGGUGUUUGUCAGGGAAUAGAACGGUCUCAUUGUUCAUUUGAUUGCUAUAGAUGCGUCGCAGUUGACGAUAUCAGUACUUGUCCCACCCUGUCACAAACAUUUGAUGAUGGACCUAGCAUGCAUACUCCAAAGCUACUCAUGGAACUUGAAUACAAAACCACAUUUUUCACUCAAGGCAUUAAUGUGGUCAGAUAUCCUGAUAUAUUUAGGCAACAGCAUAUGGCAGGGCAUUUACUAGCGACCCAUACUUGGAGUCAUGCACAUUUGCCAGGGCUAUCGAACGAAGAUAUAGUAGCGCAAUUACAGUGGUCGAUUUGGGCUAUGAAUGCCACAGCCGGCAUAGUUCCAAAGUAUUUUCGUCCUCCUUAUGGUGCAAUUGAUGAUCGUGUACGGAGCAUAUCCCGUCAAUUUGGACUAGUAGCUGUGUUCUGGGAUCGAGAUAGUUAUGACUGGAGGCUGAAUGAUGACUCAAAAUUGGUUGAAGAAGUUGUUAAAGAUAUUGUAUCAUGGAAACAAGAGAGCCAGGGUGGCCUCAUAUUAGAACAUGAUUCAACUGUUAAAACCGUCAAUGCAGGCAUAAAUGUGUCAAGAAUGCUAGGACCCUCACAGUUGACUGUCGCUGAAUGUAUUAACAGUAAUUGGUAUCAAAAUCAAUAG